AUGGCGGCGCCCGUCCUGAGAGUGUCUACCCCUCGAUGGGAAAGAAUCGCCAGGCUUCUCGUUUGUUUGCUGGGUAUCUUAUUGUCAAUGUAUGCAUUCCACGUGGAAAGGGAAAAGGCGAGGGACCCCAGUUAUCAGCCCCUGUGCGACGUGAGCAACUCCGUGAGCUGCUCUAAAGUGUUCACCUCCAGGUGGGGUAGGGGAUUUGGACUACUAGGUUCAAUUUUUGGUGAAAAUGGUGUGAUGAACCAGCCAAACAGCAUCUAUGGACUUAUAUUUUAUCUGUUUCAGCUGUUACUAGGCCUCACUGUAAGUGCAAUGGCUGCAUUGAUCCUCAUGACGACAUCCAUUGUGUCGGUCACAGGCUCGUUAUAUCUGAGCUACAUCCUGCACUUUGUGCUGAAAGACUUCUGCAUCAUCGGCAUUACCACCUGUGCUCUCAACUUCAUCCUUUUUACGCUCAACUACAAACGACUGGUUUACUUGAACGAGGCCUGGAAACGGAAGCUUCAGACUAAGGAGGACUAAGGAAAAGGAACACAUCAGAAAAAAGAGAUGACCUCUGAACAUUUUGUCAAGUGUCACGGGGAUUUUGUCAAAUGCUUCCAUUUUUUUAUACGGUAGGAAAAAAGAAAGAAAAAAGAGGAACGUAAAUGUAAAAGGUAAGCAUAAUUUCUGGGACAGAUUUUGCGAUGACAGUGAAAAGUAAUGGGGCAAAAAGGGGGAGAGACGAUACUCAAACUACACUCUCCUUUCCGAAGGGACAGGUUUGAAAGCAUGAAAGGUUUCUCUGUGUGCUACAGCUUUGUGAAUGCUGAGUGUCUAAAGGGGUGUACUGUGCAACUGUGUGCAUACUGAGUGUCUAAAGGGGUGUACUGUGCAACUGUGCAUACUGAGUGUCUAAAGGGGUGUACUGUGCAACUGUGUGCAUACUGAGUGUCUAAAGGGGUGUACUGUGCAGCUGUGUGCAUACUGAGCGUCUAAAGGGGUGUACUGUGCAACUGUGUGCAUACUGAGUGUCUAAAGGGGUGUACUGUACAGCUUUGUGAAUACGGAGUGUCUAAAGGGAUGUACUGUGCAGCUGUGUGCAUACUGAGUGUCUAAAGGGGUGUACUGUGCAGCUGUGUGAAUACUGAGCGUCUAAAAGGGUGUACUGUGCAGCUGUGUGCAUACUGAAUGUCUAAAGGGGUGUACCAUGCAGCUGUAUGAAUACUGAGUGUCUAAAAGGGGCGUACCAAUUUCUCCAAUCCAUCUGUGGAAUUUGGCAUAUUAUUCAGUCAUGCAGAUUAUUCUUUGAGAAAUUUGCACUCUACUUUCAUCGUCCUUACGUAAAAUUAAAACAGUUAAUUUAUAGAUCUUCUAGACGCUCAUGUAUCAAAGUUUUGCCUUUGCUGCAUUAACUCCACAGCUGAUUCGGUUCCCUAACCAGGAGAAUCCUGAAGUUAUUGUGUAUGGUGUCCUUUACAGAUUGAUAAGGGUUUUGUUAAGAAUGCUAUGUGUUCAUUGUGUGUAUAUUUUCUGUGAAUGUGCACUGGCUAUGUUUCAAUACAGGCAUGUUUUUAAAACUGCAACUAAACUAUUUUCUGAGGAUGCUAAUUUCACUUUAUAUUUGUAUGUAUUUUUGUCUGCUGGUUUUGUGUGAUAUUUGUCAUCUAGUGUGUCUUGUUAAAAGGUGUACGUCAGUAGUUUUCACGUUGCAGAAUGGUAAUGCUACCAGGAAAGUUUUGUUUGUUGUUUUCAGGGUGUUUGUUUUCUGUAUUACAAAACAAUAUCAGUGUAUUCCAGUUUUUUCAGUUCCUCAACAAAGCCAAUGCUUCAUUGACAGCUUCAUUGCUGCUUGAUUGACAGAUUAGUGUUACAAGUGCCUAUAGCAUGCGGAAGGUACUCCAACAAAUGGCGAUGUUUCAGGAAAUUCAUCCCAGCUGACUAUUCUGACCCGAUCGUUUGGGGCAAAAGGUAUUCAGAAGCAGAAAUCAUGUUGUGUUGUGUGUGUGGGUGUUUAGGUCUAGGGCGGAGGUGGGGUACAUGUGUCAAUUUUUCACGGAAAGUCCUGUUAAAUAAUGGUUUUGUCAUCCACUUAAGUUAUGAUGCUGUUUUUAAUGUUAGGAACUAUUACAAAACAUGAUGCCGCAGCCUUUUCUUGGAAAUGUUUUGUUUUUCUGUUCCCAGCACGAGUGGUUGCCAGCCUUGGGCACCAGUGAGGGGUGAGGGGUUCUGGGUUCUGGGAAGUUACUGAAUCACAGUUUAUUUGACAGAAUGGGGUUUGCAGGAGUCAUAUGACACUGAUACUGUUGAUGAGUCAUUCACAGCAUGGCAAUUGGACUGUCAUAAUAAGAGUCACGCUAUUGAUGAGUCAUAUGCGGCAUUGCAACUGGGCCUUCAAAAUAAGAGUUACUCAGAGGACUGAGCCCACCAGACUGGAUGGAGCACUUCUGCAUUCCCGGCUAUAAGAAACAGAAACACCGGACAUGGUGCUCAAUAGGCCAUAUGAAAUGCAUUAGUCCUGGACACCUUUUCAAAAUCCAUUUUCUGUGAGGUUGAGUAACAACGUUAUUUCCCAAAAAGUUGAAUUGUAUUGGUAUUCAUUGUAUUGAUGUACAACGGUCUGUCACUGUUUACAGUCGCACUCCACUGAAAAGGACAAAUCUUAAGCAACCUCCAUUUUGUGUGUCUUCUGCAUUUGGGUUAUUAUAUUUCUCGAUGUAAACAACCGUUUCAGUACUUCCCAGUAGAACGGCACAUUUUAGGGGGUAACUGGUCAUGGUUUUAUUCGGAGCAGUGAUCAGAUUUUUAAUAUGCAGGAUGUUGACAGUGAUAAAUAAGAUGAGUUUACUGGUGGAAUGUUUACUAGGGAUGCACAAUAUUGAAAGUCUGGGGUUGUUAUCAAUAACUCAUAUUUAGUCGGCCAUAUUGGCUGACAAUGAUACCUCCUCAUUUUUCAUUUUAGCGCAAACCACAGCCAAGUUUCCACAUUCAAGAAGUCACAUCGGCCAUAAUUGUAGCUUAGCAACCGUCACCCAUACAACCCCAAUAUAACUGUGUGUCCCCAGUGUUUGUUUAUGAGUGAUGUUUACAACUGUCAUUUGAGGUCAAGGGUGAAAUGCAUUCAAAUCUGCAAAAUACCUUAAGAUUCUGUACCUUACUGUAUUACUGUACUUUGAAAGGGGUGCUUUUGUGUGUGUGUGUCAAGAGUCAGUUUAUUUGCCAUUUGUGAUCACAUUGUAAUUUUGUUUUUAAAUUUAAAGGAUUUUCAGUUGAUGCAACCAGAA